GUCAGUCCAGAGACAUGCCCGGCAUCUGAGGAGCCUCACAACGACAACACAGUCUGGACUCGGACGUGGUUAUUGUAUUUGUGCUUUUUCUGCCUUCCUACCUAAUAAUCCUCGCAAGUUGACGGAAGCAACGGGAGGAAUUUCAUCAUGGCUGCGAAAUUUCUUGGGGCCCAGGCUGCCGCAGCUUUGGACAAAGAGCUGAUGAGCAGCGGGGCAUUCUCAAUCGACCAGCUCAUGGAGCUGGCUGGCUUGUCCGUCUCGCAGGCUGUCUAUCGGGUUCAGCCUCCUAGCGCUGGCCGCCGCAUCUUGGUCGCAUGUGGUCCCGGAAAUAACGGUGGUGACGGGCUUGUUGCCGCUCGACACCUUCGGCAGUACGGCUACCAACCAACCAUCUAUUAUCCGAAGCGGAGCAAGAACGAACUCUACCAGCGUCUGGCUAAACAGCUGGAGGACCUAGAGAUCCCUUUCACCGAGGACUUCCCCACGGCCAUCAAAUCCACGGACCAUAUUGUUGAUGCAAUCUUCGGUUUCAGUUUCUCGGGCGAGGUCCGCGAGCCAUUCCCCGCUGUCAUCCGGGCAAUGGAGCAGACACAGCUCCCAGUGACUUCAGUCGAUGCUCCAUCGUCUUGGGAUAUCGAGGAAGGGCCCCCGGAAUCCGGUCUGGGCAGCACCUUCCAUCCUACAGCCCUAAUCAGCUUGACGGCCCCCAAACCGCUGGUGAAAUAUUUCAAGGGCCGGCAUUUUAUCGGCGGGAGGUUCGUGGCGCCGGCUAUCGCGAAGAAGUACGAUUUCGAGGUGCCAGAGUACGAUGGCAUCGAUCAGGUCGUCGAGGUCGGCGCUCAUGGGCAGAAGCUGUGAACGAUGCGCCGCUGGUUCUUGGCGGCUGGGGCUCCGACAAGGGCUUGACACGAGCUGACACGGUUGUCAACUGACUACACAGCCGCCGGAUCUGCUAUUAGGGCAGACAGGACUCGGGCAUCGGCCUUCGGUCAUGAUCUCCUUUACUUCGGUCAUCCCCUGCGGACAAAAUGACUCUGAUUGAUGGAAGUGCGGACAAAACUUGAUGAAGAUGAGAUAUUCCUUCCCGCAGACUGGGCAAUCGUAGGAGUGUCUCUUGCACAUGAAGUCCGAACACGCAAGGUUCCCCACAACAGGUUCUGAAGGUGUCGUCGUGUCUCAAAAAAAGGAAACCCGGCGCAUCAUCAACGAAUUGGUCCCAGUCCCUCUUUUUAUAGUAUUGAAAAGAAGAUGCGCUCGACGUGCCUGUGGCAUAGUCAGUACAAGCCCCAGGUGGCGAGUCCACCAGUGGAAGGGAAUAGACACGCGCGAGGCACUGACAAGCAAGCCGAGGAACAAUGGCCGAAUCAUAGGGAUGUUGCCAGAUGUUCGAAUUUUGCCACAGGCGCUCUUCCUUGUCAGCCUGCCUGCAUCUGCGAGGUCUCGGUUCAAGAGGUUGUGGGGGCGUCACUGCGCGUCAGUGACGGGUAUCUGGCCGCCCUCACGCGGUCAAGCAGCGCAAAGAGUCUCUCGCGAGGUUCUUGUAUUGUGGUUUUCUACCACUUUCUGAAGUUGACAAAUCCAUCUAAUCCCCCGGGUUCCAGUGUGUAAAAGGAGCAGCUGUUGUCCCUCCCUCCCCGCGAAAUAUCUGUUGGACAGCUACCUCCUCGUCGCCCAACCCAGCAUUAAAGUCCUUGACGGGGGGGCUGUAAAAGGCCAGCCCCGGAGCUUUUGCUCCCUGGCCCCGUUGAUAGGUCCGUGCUAUGUGCGCUUACCCUCUGGGAGGCCAAGCAAAAAGCUGGUAUUACUCCAGACAGCCGGUCUAGCCCCGGAAUCGACCGCCGAUCGAGCAGGCAAGUCACGAACGGGUUGCCGCUUUAUUUCUCUCUGGUCUCAAA